CAUUAAAAUCACCGAAACGCCACCUCAAUUUCUUUUGUUCUUUCUCUCUCUUUUUCGUGCCGCCUUCCCCAUAACACAUUUACAUAUUAUAUCUACCUCCAUUCAUUAUAUAAACCAUCCUUCAACACUGCUUAUUGUUCACCAACACCACCAAAAACAUUACACACAUUAUUCAUAGUCUUAUUAUUUUGUUACAUAAUUAAUAAUUAAUACAUACACUCUAAGCUAUGGGGGUAAGCUCACAAACUAUAGAGAUUACGGUUAUUUCCGGUGAAAACGUUCAUGUGAAGGAGGAAUCAUACGUCGUCGUUCGAGCUGAGUCACUCAAAUCUUGCACAACAAAAGCAGCCAAAAACACUGACAUUAUCAUCAACAAUAAUCAUAGCUCAAGUCUGAUUUCAUGGAACGAGAAGUUAUUGCUUGAGAUUCCAAUGCAUGCAAGGUCCAUCACGUUUGAGGUUCAAUGCAAGAAUUCAAGAUCAAGUAGUGCUAGACCCGUUGGGGUGGCAAGGAUUGCUAUUUCGGAUAUAUUGUUGGGUGGUUCUGGGUUUGGCGGCGACGACAGCGACGGCGACAAUGUGCUGAGUUAUAGGUUGAGGGAUUGGGAUGGAAGAAGAAAUGGAGUUAUUCAUUUCUCCGUAAGGAGGAUGACGGCGGCACCACCGAUGGAAAAUACGGUGAAGGAGUUGGUGGAGGAUCAGAAAAAGACUAAGACGGAAUCUGGUGAAGAAGUUGUUCUUGGAGUUCCGGUAUGGUGGAACUACCCUAAUAUUAUUAUUUGAUGAUCUAUUAUUUUGUUAUUUUUUUAAAUAUUAUAUAUUUAAUUAAGAGAUGUUAUUUUUAUGUAUUUUUAUUAGUAUAAAUGAUAAAUUUUGUAUUCUUUUUUUAUUUAUUUUUAGUUAUAUACACAAAAUUUAAAAAGUGGUGUAUAAUAUAUAUUGUAAUUACAAGAGGUUUGUUAGUUGGUCAAAGUUCAUACAAAGUCAGCUUGAAUUGAAAUUUAUUGCGAUGAAGGCUUGUUAUAAGUUGUUAUGGAUGUUCAAUGACUUCAAUCUUGUAACCUCCUCCUUAUUAGUAUUAUUCCCUUUUGGUAUACUCAAAAUAUAUUAAUACAGAA